AUGUCCGGUAUAUUAUUUGAAGAUAUCUUCAACGUGAAAGAUAUGGAUCCGGAGGGUAAAAAAUUCGAUCGAGUUAGUCGACUUCACUGCGAAUCUGAAUCAUUCAAAAUGGAUCUUAUAUUGGAUAUAAACUCGUGGUUGUAUCCUUUGGAGUUAGGUGAUAAAUUUCGGCUAGUGUUGGCUACAACAUUACACGAGGAUGGCACAGCGGCUAGCAUGGAGUACAAUGCAGCCGAAAUAGAAGGAUCCCGGGCCGAUAGUUUUGAGUAUGUAAUGUUCGGCAAAGUGUACAGAAUUGAAGGUGAUGACUCCCAGACAGAAUCAUCAAAUCGACUUUCCGCAUACGUGUCCUUUGGAGGUUUGUUAAUGCGGUUACAGGGAGAUGCCAACAACCUGCAUGGGUUCGAAAUCGAUCAGCACAUGUUUUUACUUAUGAAAAAAUUGGCUUUUUAGACCGGGCUGUUCGAAGAUGAAUGGAAAA